AUGAAGAACGCGGUCCUGGCGAUCCUCUGUUAUUCGUGGCUGAACCUUUUCGCGGAAGUGCAUUCUAACGCGAGCUCGUCGUCCGAGAAUGCGAAGAAUUCCACGCUAAAGUCUGGUAUACUAUUGCCGGAGCAUUACGUGAAAGAGAUCAGGCCCCCGUCCAAGCAUGGCAUGCCGGUGAUAGUAGACUUCAAUAUCCUCGUGGCUGAUAUCAACUCGAUAAAUGUCGAGGAUAUGGAUUUUCGAGUGGACAUGUUCGUGCGCGAAAGCUGGAUAGAAUCACGCCUGGACAUGCCGGACAACAUCUUCGAGGAGGGCGACGAUUACGUAACAUUGCCGCCCGACUUCUUCGACAGUUUGUGGCAGCCUGAUUUGUACUUCUUGAACGCGAAAGUUUCCGAAAUCGCAGCGUUAAAUCACAAAUUCUCCUCGGUGAAUUUGUACAGAAACAAAACUGUCAAGUACUCGGCGCGGAUGCACGCUAUCAUCGCCUGUCAAAUGGAAUUUCAGCUCUACCCGAUGGACAUACAAAUAUGCCCUAUCUAUAUAGAAAGCUUUUCCUAUCACAAACAGAAGUUACGCUUACGAUGGGGAGCGGGUGGCGUCACGGUGAACCCGGAACUGAAGCUGUUGCAGUACGACAUUGGGAAACCCAUGAUUGCCGAGGAAACCGUCGACUACAUGGUCGAGAAGAGUGGAAAUUUCUCGCGCCUGGUGGUGUUCUUCCGUUUCGAGAGGCAAAUCGGUCACCAUCUGAUACAAACGUUCGCCCCGUCGACGCUGGUGGUGAUGCUUUCCUGGUUCAGCUUCUGGUUAGGGCUGGACGCGAUCCCCGGUCGGGUGGCACUGUUGGUGACCAGCAUGCUGACCCUGGUAACGAUGUUCACCGGCCUCAAGAGCGACAUUCCUCCAGUCGCGUACGUGAAAGCGCUGGAUGUGUGGAUGGCGGGUUGCAUGAUGUUCGUUUUCGCGGCCCUCGGUGAAUUCGUGGUAGUCAAGGUGCUCGACUUACGUUAUCAGCUAGAAUACGACCUACGAGUAUCAGUAAUAUCCCGACUCUAUCCAACACGGAUAAUUGCCAUGGAAAAAGGCCAAAGCAUUUGGGACUAUGAGUCAACGUAUGUUCCAAAAGUAAAAAAAAAAAGAGCUGGUAGCAAACAUCUUCUACAGACUGCUUGGCUGGAUCCCGAGUAUCAGAUGAUACGCGUGUACAAACCGCAAUCACAGAAAAUUGACACUUACAGUAGAAUGGGAUUCCCCAUACUUUUCAUGUUGUUUAUGAUUCUAUACUGGCCAAUACUAUUGCUUAAAAAAGCCGCGUAAAAUUAUGUACAGUCACGUUAAAGUAAAAAUGUGUAAAUUAUUUCAU